UAGCGCCGAUUCCUUACUCCUUCCCUCGCUCUCUUGCCUGCCCGCGCCUUCCCUGUCUGCCUGCGUCACCGCGGCCGCCAUGGCUGAGAAUGGCGAGAGCAGCGGCCCCCCGCGCCCUUCCCGAGGCCCUGCAGCGGCCCAAGGCACUUCCUCUGCCCCAGCAGAGCCCAAAAUCAUCAAAGUUACUGUGAAGACCCCCAAAGAGAAAGAGGAAUUCGCGGUGCCCGAGAAUAGCUCAGUCCAGCAGUUUAAGGAAGCGAUUUCAAAACGCUUCAAAUCCCAAACCGAUCAGCUAGUGCUGAUUUUUGCCGGAAAAAUCUUAAAAGAUCAAGAUACCUUGAUCCAGCACGGCAUCCAUGAUGGACUGACUGUUCACCUUGUCAUCAAAAGCCAAAAUCGACCUCAGGGCCAGACCACACAAGCUAGUAAUGCCGCGGGAACGAAUACUACCACAGCAUCAACUCCCAGGAGUACCUCCACUCCUACUACCACCACAAAUAGCAACCAAUUUGGUGGGGGGAGCCUGGGAGGACUUUCAGGCCUUAGUAGCCUGGGUUUGAGCUCUACCAACUUCUCCGAGCUCCAAAACCAGAUGCAGCAGCAGCUUUUGUCCAGCCCUGAGAUGAUGAUACAAAUCAUGGAAAAUCCCUUUGUUCAGAGCAUGCUUUCGAAUCCUGAUUUGAUGAGGCAGCUCAUUAUGGCCAAUCCACAGAUGCAGCAAUUGAUUCAGAGAAACCCAGAAAUCAGUCAUCUGCUCAACAACCCUGAUAUAAUGAGACAGACCCUUGAAAUCGCAAGAAAUCCAGCCAUGAUGCAAGAGAUGAUGAGAAAUCAAGAUCUAGCUCUCAGUAAUCUCGAAAGCAUCCCUGGUGGCUACAAUGCUUUAAGGCGCAUGUAUACUGACAUUCAAGAGCCUAUGCUGAACGCUGCUCAAGAGCAGUUCGGGGGUAAUCCAUUUGCAUCGGUUGGGAGCAGUUCUUCCUCCGGGGAAGGUACCCAACCUUCACGCACAGAAAAUCGAGAUCCUCUACCCAAUCCAUGGGCGCCACCACCUACCACCCAGAGUUCAGCAGCCACUAGCACAACCACCAGCACUGGCAGUGGAUCUGGUAAUAGCUCUAGCAAUGCUACCGGCAACACUGUGGCAGCUGCCAAUUAUGUUGCCAGCAUCUUCAGUACCCCAGGAAUGCAGAGCUUGCUGCAACAGAUAACCGAAAACCCUCAGCUGAUCCAGAAUAUGCUGUCUGCACCCUACAUAAGAAGUAUGAUGCAGUCACUGAGCCAGAAUCCAGAUUUGGCUGCACAGAUGAUGUUGAAUAGCCCCAUGUUUACUGGGAAUCCUCAGCUGCAGGAACAGAUGCGUCCACAGCUCCCAACUUUCCUGCAGCAGAUGCAGAAUCCAGAUACACUAUCAGCUAUGUCAAACCCAAGAGCUAUGCAGGCUUUAAUGCAGAUCCAGCAGGGGCUACAGACACUAGCCACUGAAGCACCAGGUCUCAUUCCAAGCUUCACUCCAGGUGUGGGGGUGGGGAUGUUGGGAACUGCUAUAGGCCCUGUAGGCCCUGUUACACCCAUAGGUCCCAUAGGCCCAAUAGUCCCUUUUACCCCGAUAGGCCCCAUUGGGCCCAUAGGACCCACUGGCCCUGCAGGUACCCCUGCCUCUACUGGCUCUAGUGGUUCCACUGGGCCCACAGUUUCUAGCUCUGCACCCAGUGAAACCAUUAGUCCAACAUCAGAAUCUGGACCCAACCAGCAAUUCAUUCAGCAAAUGGUGCAGGCUCUGGCUGGAGCAAGUCCUCCACAGCUGCUGAAUCCAGAGGUUAGAUUUCAGCAGCAGCUGGAACAGCUCAACGCAAUGGGGUUCUUAAACCGUGAAGCAAACUUGCAGGCUCUAAUAGCAACAGGAGGUGACAUCAAUGCAGCCAUUGAGAGGCUGUUAGGCUCCCAACCAACCUAAUUACAUUUCUGUACCUUGGGGGAAAAGUAUCUUAUUUUUGAUAAUGGCUCUCAAAUCUUUAAACACACAUAAUUGUGCUUUAGCUUCAUUUUGAUUCUCUUAAAUCUGUCUAGUUAUAAAUCCCCUGUGAUAUAUUUUAAGGUAGGGUGGAAUCCAUUCUUCCUCCUCUCCCUUUUUUUUCCCUCUCCCUAUCUUACUCCUUUCUUCCCUUUUCUUUAUCUUUCCUCCCCUUUAUUUCUCUUCUCUCUCUGUUUUGAAUGGUGGGAAUCAAUGCUGAUUCACUCAAAGGUAUUGCAUGUACAAUUCUCUUUAUUCUGAAUUUAUUGUGAUUUUUGGAAAUUGGUAUAAACUUCCACAGUUGAGUGAAUAAGUUCUGUCUUACAGAUGUCCAACUUAUUUGCAUUUUAAACAUUAGCCUAUUAUAGUAAUUUAAUGUAGAAUGAAAAUAUUAAAAAAACAGAAGCAAAUUUGAAGCUCUAAUUUGUGGUACAAUAUUGCUUAUUGUGACUUUGGCAUGUAUUUUUGCUAGAAAAAUGCUGUAAGAUUUAUACCAUUCUUUGAUCUUUUUUGCUAUAUUUGUAUGCAGUACAGUAAGCACAACUGGAUCUGUAUAACUAGAAAAUUACAACAGGAUCUCUGAGCAGAAUUAUGUAACCAAAAUGAGAAAGAAUAUAAGAAAUAUCUUGGGAACUACAUGUUUCACAAUUUUGUAGAAUCUUACAGCAUCUUUGAUAAACUUAUCAGUGAAAAUGUUGGCUAGGUAAGUUCAGUUAAAAUAUAGUAGACUUGUUUAUCCUGGUAUCUCUAAGUACGCCUUUAAUUGUAUAAAAAUCUUAAAGUGUGACAUUGUGUCAACAAUUGCAGAUUGACUGUAUAUGACCUUAAUCUUUGUGCAACCUGAAGGAUCAGUGUAGUAAUGCCAGGAAAGUGCUUUUUACCUACAACGUUCUUCUCAGCUUCUCCUGUAAAAAGCCCCUAGUAUGUAUGCAUUUUCAUUUGUAAUUGGAAAUGUAACUUUCACUGAAAGUGUCAUGUGAUGUUUGCAUUACUUUUAACUGCUAUGUAUAAAGGAAAUUGUAUCUUUUGACUUCAUCAGUUAUUUCUCUUGUGCACAGGGAAAAUGCAUUAAAAUCACUAAAAAAAAUAAAAAGAUUUAAAAAGUCA